AUGAACGAAGACGGUGAACUUCUGGGACGAUUUUGCGAGACACCAACGACAUAUACCGAUCCUCCCGAUGAACUGGCCGUGAGCGUCUUGGAGGAGCAGAACGUCAACGAAGACGAUAAUCACUCACCCAACAAGGAAGAGACCUCGCUGUCAGAAAACCUAAUCAAAGAGACGCAUCUCCUGAAUGGUCAUGACGAAUCCUCCCCAAUUCACGAUGGCCUCACCCCACGCAUUGUGGUAACGGGAACACGGGCGAGCGAAGCGAUUCACCCGCGCCAACCACCUCUCUAUACAGAAGGGGAUGAUGAGAACAUCGAUGAGGCCGAGGUGCCUGGUGGGGAGACGGCCAUCAAUAAACCUUAUCUCCAGAAUCCAAUUGUGUCACAUUGCGGUGAAGGCAGGGAUAGGCGAUUUUUGGUAUGGCAAUCCGAGGAAGAAUUGAGACUUCAGAAGAGCGAAUGGCUCACGCUUUACUGGGAACAGCAAGAUGUACUGGAAAAGGCAUCUAAACUCCCAGCAAGCAGAACAAAUUUUCCAAAACGGAAAAGAAACCUAUGA